GGCCGAGAGCCCGCGGGCGGCGCUGAACGGAGCGGCCCCGCCGCGUCCGCGGCCCCGGAGAGAAGAAGCCGGGCGCCCGCGGGCGGGCGGGCUGUCGCCGGGGCUGCGAGCGGCGGGGCUCGGGACCCGGAAGCAGAAGCGGGACCGGGAGGCGGCUGGAUGGGAAGGAGCGGCGGCGGCGGGAGGCGAUGGGGGAGCAGCAGAGCUCGCUGAGCGCCUCGCGGGCCGCCGCCGCCGCGCCGCCGAGCCCGGCCGGGGGCUCGCGGGAGGACGGCCCGGAGGAGAGGCCGCCGCCGCGGGAGGCGGCCGGGCCGGGAGAGGGCGGGGAGCCGCCGCCCUCCGUCGGCUCCGAGCGACGAGGGGGCGGCGGGGACGCGGCGGGGGAGGACGAAGAGGAGGCGGCCGGGCCGGAGCCGCCGGGCGCGGGGGAAUCGGCGGAGGAGGGGCCGGAGGGGGGCAGCGGUCGGCGCCGCCCGGCCCGGCGGCACGUGUAUUGCACCGUGUACUGCGUGGAGAACGACCGGCCGGGCCCCGGCUCCCCGCCCGGCCCCGGCAGCGCUCAGCCCCCGGCCCGGCGCGGGGUGGCGGCGGGCGGCGACCCGCUGUCAGCGGGCGGCAGCAUCGAGGUGGUGGACUUGUACCUGCUGCCCGAACCCUUCUCCGGGCUGAUCGGCGGCGACUUCGGGCCGCUGCUGGUGCUGAGCUGCCGAGUGUGCCUGGAGGAGAAGCCCGUCAAGCCCCUGUCCUGCUGCAAGAAGGCGGUGUGCGAGGAGUGCCUCAAGCGGUACCUCAGCUCCCAGGUGCAGCUGGGACAAGCAGAUAUAAAAUGCCCGAUCACAGAGUGCAGCGAACACCUGGAUGAAACAACUGUUCUCUAUAACCUGCCCCAUGAGGACAUUAUCAAGUAUAAAUAUUUCCUGGAACUCAGCCGCAUCGAUUCCAGCACGAAGCCAUGCCCUCAGUGCAAGCACUUUACAACCUUCCGGAGGAGAGGCCACAUUCCUACCCCUGCCAAAUUGGAGAACAAAUACAAAAUCCAGUGUCCAUCUUGCCAAUUUGUCUGGUGUUUCAAGUGCCACUCUCCCUGGCAUGAAGGUGUUAACUGCAAAGAGUACAAAAAGGGAGACAAGCUGUUGCGUCACUGGGCCAAUGAGAUUGAGCACGGGCAGAGGAAUGCUCAGAAGUGUCCAAAAUGCAAGAUCCACAUCCAGAGAACAGAAGGGUGUGACCACAUGACCUGUUCCCAGUGUAACACUAAUUUCUGUUACCGCUGUGGGGAGAGAUACCGCCAGCUCCGUUUCUUUGGAGAUCACACAUCAAACCUCAGUAUCUUUGGAUGCAAAUACCGCUACCUCCCCGAGAGACCACACUUGAGGAGACUAGUGCGAGGCUCUGUCUGUGCUGGAAAGCUACUCAUUACACCCCUAAUACUGAUUCUGGGACUGGCACUGGGAGCCGUAGCUGUUGUAGUAGGUUUAUUUGUGUUUCCUAUCUAUUGCCUUUGUAAAAAGCAGAGGAAGAGGUCACGGACAGUGUCACUGUUCCUGGUGUGUAACAGAUCUGAAGAGAAUAGCAAUCCAUGGCCUUUAUUCCUGAACUUCAGAGUACCUCUGUUCAUCACUGGACUUCUUUCUCAUCACAUCACUACAAGGGCAGUGUAAUUUGGAGUUGAGACUCAGUUUUUCAUUUCUAGUUAUAAUCUAAAUGUAUCAUACAAAUACAAUUUAAAAGAAAAUAACGAAGUUGUAUUAACAGUGAUACACCAAAGUGAGAAAAUUAGAAGAAUACCUACUUAUAUUAAAAAGAGCUGUGAUCUUGAAGAUUAGAUUUGUGGUGUGGAGGUACUUUUUGAAUGUUUGAAGACACGUAUAUGUGUGUAUAUAUAGAUGCAUAUUUAUGUGGGAGAAGGGAAAGGGAGAUGAUCAGUGCCCUAAGUCUACAGACCUCAAAAUUAACACUCAGAAAUAGUGUAUCUUUUGAGAGGGUUUACUUUGUACCUCCUUCUCCAAAAGUUAUUACACCUGAAUCUAGUUGUAACUUUUAAGUAAACAGUCCACUUCCCCACCAAAAUAAUACUCUGUUAUCAUAAGAUACUCACUCUGACUUCAAAGCUUCAGUGGAAGAACUGAUGAAUUCUGUUUACUUGGAAACACAAAUAUCAACUUACCAUAGUUGGCUAGUAUGUAUCUUUUCAGACAGCUUCUGGUUUUAUUUCCUUGUUCUUUUUUUUCCCCUUGUUGAAACCAUGAACACAAGCAUACUGUAACAAACAACAACUUAAUUUUUUGUUUGAAUUUAAGGGCGUGUUAACCCUGUUGUCCUGUCAGUUGAAAUAGUACCUUUGUAAGAUGUGUUAAUUAAGCUGGGAAGCAAUGACAUUUAGAAGUAAAGUUCAAAUGCUAUUCUCAAUGCAAAUGCACCUGCUAAUUAGAUUUCUUCUUCUGUAACACAUCACUGUUCUAGUUCUGUUUUAUCUGCAGGUUGGAAGCUGCCUUAAAAUCAAGUCUUGGUUUGAGUGUUUUCUGAGGCCAUACAUAUCAGUUGUCUUUGGCUUACUCAGGGAUUCUUAUUCCUUUGUUUAAAUGUCAAAUAAUGAAAAUAUUUUUGUAUUAUUUAGAAAAUUUCAGACCUCAGAGUGAGAGAUGCAUUUAUAUAUAUAUAAAUAGAUUUCAUUUUGCAAUACAGUCUGUAAUAUGUCGAACUAUUCCACUUGAGAAUGUUUUAGUACUUGAGGUUAUCUGUAACUAUACAGUGUGUUAAUUUCCUUUCUUUUCCUGAUUCCUUAUAAACUAUGUGAGAUACUCUUGCAGUCGUCUUAGCUGUGUUCUCUCUUCUGUUCACUAUUUUCAGUUUCUCUGAGUUCAGUAAGAACUGAAAUUAAAAUGCUAGAAUAAUGAGCAUAAAGGGAAGAAAUAGAUCUGCAUUUAUUUUACUUUCAAAAAGAAUGUUACAAGUGGAGGGAAAAGCAUACAUCUCAACUCCUACAUUAUAAUUUCAUUCAGAUUAUUUGGAUUUUAUCAGAACAGAUUAAAUCAAAGCGGUUCUUUGUUUUUUACAUGCAGCAAAACUAGGCAUAUUUGACCAUUUAAAGAUGAGAGAGUCCCAAUCUCCAUUUCUCAGAGGAAAAAUUAGGAAUUACAAUGUUUACUUUUCUCUGUAGAUAAGGGAAAAAAAAGAUGCAGGAGCCAGGCAGAGUAAGAAUACUGAAGUCUUUCUAUCCAUAUAAAAAUAUGGCCAUUUGAAUAAUAUGUAACAAACAGUUUUCCAUUAAUAUUAUGUAGCACAGCCAGUUGAAAUGUAAAAUCUAAUCCAGUAACUUCAUCCAUUGAAAUGUAAAUUUUACACAACUAUUCUCAUUGUAGGAAAUCUUAUGUUCCAUCAAAGUCAUGUCAUAUAUUUUACUGUCAUUAUUUUUUUUAAGGAAAUAGGGUGAACUUUGUAAGAAAUCUAAAAGAUGUUUUUGUUUCAGGACCUAAAGAUAUUUUGGCUUUUUUAACUGUGCUCUUCAGAAACCAUCAGACUCUUCUAUUACAUCUUCAUUAGCAGGAAAUAUCAUCAGGCAGUCUGAUUAACCUGCUAAGGUAGAUGUUACUGUAUGCCAAGUAUCCAGAUUGCAUUCACCAUAUUCAGGAUUAUUUAUUCUUCUAAGAAUUGCUUGCUCACCAGUAUCUGUAUUCAGAUUAAGUGCUUAAAUCUAUUCUAAGUGAGCUGAAUUUCUAAGCUGUCUGGAAAUCGUUAUGUUAAUAUACUGAAGCUCUCUUGCACUGGGUCAGAGCUGCGUGCCCUGCAGAGGCUCCAGGCUGAGCAGAGCUCUGCUGGCUUCUGCUGUGGCAGGCCUCUGGGUUGUGCCAGUUGCAAGAGACUGCUUGCAGUUCAGGCUGAAGCUGCUUUUUCACUUUGACUUGUCAUCUUUCCCUGCAUUUCGAUCACCUGAAUGGAGGUGCACAGCUUCAACAGUGCUGGCCUUCCCUACAGUGUGGGGCCUUUGCGGACUUCUUUCUCUGCUAUUGUUGUAGGACCUGUCAGUAAUUACACCCACUAUAACUACAGUGUUUGUCUUGUUCUUGAUCUUUGGAUGAGACUGAAGUAACAAGAGUUGUUCUAGCUGUGUGUCACUCUACACUUUCAUGUAUUUCAUGUCUUCAAGUUAGCUCCUGGUUCCAAAUCAGCUAUUUUCAGGUUAGUGUGGCAUAGUUUGAGCUGCUAGAACCCUUCACAGUUUCCAGUUAUGCCUUCAAACUGGCCACUCCAGGUAUGUGCUCUACAUGCUGAGUAAACCUGUAUGGCCAAAUAAAUGCUUUUUUUUGUGCAGAUCUAUUGAGUUCUGGUUUUGUUUUUUAUUCUUUUUUUCUCUCUUUUUGCUCCACGCUGCUCUUCUGCUCUUGGGAUUUCAUUAACUGGGUCAAGUUUCAGGGCUCUUAACCAUAUCUGUGGCAGGGUCUUUUUUGCCUGCUGUGGACUUUGUGAGUGUACUUGUGUAUUGAAAGAGCUCACACAGGAUAUGUAACUGGAAAAUAAUUGUAUGGUUCUUUUUUGUAAAUAUAUUUGACAUUGAGAGUAGGAAACUGGGUUGGAUAGAAGUGAGAGGCAGAAGUGCAGUUUGGAGUAGCCCUGUGCUCCGAAAGAUCCAUCAAUUCUAGUUCUGCACAAAAAAAAAUGUUUUCAGUUCUUAUCAUUUUCAAUUCUUAUCACCUUCAUAAGCAGUCUACUCAUAAUCUUUCAAAUGUCAUUAAAAUACAGUGCACUUUGAUCUUUUAUCUUUCUCUGGGGCAGUGCAAAUGUCUAUGAAAGGGAGGAUUUUUAUUUUUGUUACUACUGCUUACUUCAUAACUCUUCCUGGUAUGAUAGCUUUUUUUUAUUUGCAUAUAUUUAUUGGUUUUGACCAAUGUAAAGUUGUACUGAUUAGAAAUAUUAAUUAGCCUGUGUGACAUUCACUGGUAUGUAGAAAGAACAGUAAUUCUGUUAGAGGGUACAAAUUUCCCAGUGAUAGAAUGGUUUCUCUUCCCUCUUAGAUCUGAGAAACCAUUUCAUUAGUAGCCAAACAAUUUGCCAUACAGACAAUUUGAUGUUGUUUUUUUUUUUUUAAAUCAGUUGUGGUAGUUUUGUUCCUGAGCAGACAUUGCAUCAGUCAUAAUUCUUGGUAUGAUAAUUACGACAUAGUGCCAAGUCGUGCAGGAGAACUGUGGAUUACUGUUACUUUAUAUUCUCCUCUGUUUAUUUUGCUGAUGGAAAGAAUCAUACACAAGGAAACUAGAGAGAGAGAGUCUCUUUGUAUCUUCUAAUUUUGUAGUGGAUCUGCUCCUGAAAUCAGCCUUAACCCUUUUAAAUCAGGAAAUUUAUGCGCAUUUUAUGCCAGCACAGUACUGGGCCAAAAUUCUUUGGUAUUCCAAAAUACUAAGAAGUAUGUUAACAGCCAUAAUUGACAACCAUUAUGCAGUUACUUGAAAAUCUGAUUUAUUUCUGAAAUGCAAAUUAUCGUAAAGGAAGAUUGUCCAAAUAGCAUUCUUACUAAAGCAAAUAGCCAGGGGAAUGAAUGUAAGCUUUUAAUAAGAGAGGGAUCUUAAUGAUUUGAGUUACUAGUAACAUUAAAAACGAAUGUCCACAGAAAGUGUUAAAUAACCUAUUUUAAAAUUCUAACAAAUGUAAGCAUGGCAUAAGAAUUGGAGUUAUAGCAGUUUAAUAUUUUUCAGGCUUAAUGCAUAAACUUUGAAAAGAGGGCACAUGUAUUUAAAAAGUAACACUGCUGGCAUAUUUGCUGGCUUUUCGUAUUGCUGUUACAUGAAAGAAACAGCUGAGCCUUGAUUCAGCUGCAAGACUAGCAGUGCAGUCACUGCUGAAGCUGGCACAUUGCUACAGGUAUUUUUUUUCCUUUUUUUUGAAUUAAAAAAAGCAAGCUACCAAAUGUGGAUUGUUUCAGUUACAUGAGAGUAUAACUUCCUUGCUGUUUCUUCCAUGUUCUGUGCGUGUGGGUUCAGGGUCUGUACUUGUUCUCCAAUAAGGAAUGGAGUGUUCAUUCCUUUAGUACAGCUAAUCACUGAUGCUCUUAGCCUGACAUUGAAAUGCCGUAAGGUAGAGAAAUGAAACCAGUGCAUGCUUGAUUUCAAUGGUGAUGACUUGUUUUAGGCUUUAAUUAGUUAUUCCCUAGCUUUAAAAAAAAAAAAAAAAAGAAAGAAAGAAAGAAAAAGAAAAAGCACAUAAAUUUCUAAGAGUAAUUCAAAUCAUUUACUUCUCAAUACCUAUUUUUAAUUUAAAAACAGGUAUUAUAGUAAUUAGUCUGUUAAGAAUGCAUAUUAGUGUGGAAGAAGUCUUCUUUGGAGUUUAGUUGGCUUAUCAAAACAUGAAAAGUAGAUCUGAACUGUGUUGUAUGGAUUGAAGUCUAAAGAGAAGAAAGUUAUGUACAAAAUGUUUGGUUUUAGUAGAAAAUGGAUUUUGCACAUACUUGCUUGAGCUUUGUUGCAUGCUAGCCCCAUUCAGCGUUUUAUCUUGCUGAAAACUUAAAACAGUAUUGUUGCAAUUUUAUCCUUCUGUUACUGAGCAUGAUAUUACUAAUACAGUGCCACAUUUACCUCAUUUUUAGAAUGAAAAUCUACUCACAGAAUCCAAACAAGCGUUUCACAUAUUUUAAAUCUGUCUUGUAAAAACACUGAUGCAGUCAAAUAUUUUUAUUUCAUGUCUUAAGACGAAGUAUUAGGAAACAUGUCGUUAGCAUGAGGGUGGUCAAACCCUGGAACAGGUUUCUUUGAGAGGUGGCUGAUGUACUCUGCCUAUUCAAGCAGGAUUUGGACAACGCCCUCAACAACAUGAUGUAUGUUUUGGUUAGCUCUGAAGCAAUCAGAAAUUAGGAUUCUGUAGAUCUCUUCCAACUGAACUUUUCUAUUCUUAUGCAAGUUGUGGAUAAGGAGAUCAGUCUUUACUCAUGAACUAUUUUUUUGCAUAAAAACGCACUAUGAAGAGUUCUUUGGUAUCAAUUUACAUUAUGCUGUUUCAUGUCCAGAAAUUACAGGAACAGGUGUAGAUUUUCCCAUAUCACUGUUUACCAAUCUCGUAAUAAAAUGUUUACCAUAUAUUUCCAUUAAUUAUACACUUGAUCUCUAACUCUUUUUCCUUUCAGAUUUCAUAAUCUGAAACUGAUUUCUGGAAAUAGUUGAAGACAAAAUUGGAUCUUAGGAAAUGAUCACAUUAGAUUUUGCUGAGCUAUAUUGGGAAAAGAUUUGUAUUGUAUUUAUUUAAAUGCAAACUACUGAAAUAUCUUCUUCUUUACGACUUUUAAUUUUGCAUUUUUUUUUCCAAUUAGGCAGCAGAGUUGAUGAGAAAUUUUCUCCUUUUCCCACUUCUUUCUCUAUUUUAGUGUCAAGAAUUCUCCUUAAGUUUAAUCUGAGUGAUGGGAUACAAGGUUAGUAAAAUGAUAGGUCAUCCUUUUUAGUUUAGCUGUUUCUGGCACAUGUAGAAUGCUGGACAAAAUUCAGUUUCAUUAAUAAAGAAACCUCUGAUUCCACAUUUGAGCUGCGUAAAAUGUAUUGCAUUAGUGAUUAGAGUUUUCUGCAUGACUAAGAGUAAGGCUAUAAAAGCUGGAGGUAGGCAAUAUCCAUGUAGUCAACACUUGAAUUCCAGUAUUGUGUGUUUUAUAUAAUGAGAAAUUUUAAAUGUGUAAGUGCCUUAUUGCUUGAAACAAAUGAAAAGUGUUGUCCACCCCCCCCGAUAAAGCAAUAUCUGUUAAGUAUUUUUGUUAGGUAGUCAGUGCUACACACAGAAGUGUUAAGCUGGGCUAAAUACUGGCUUGCUCAGAAGGUUGAAGAACAUUGUUAGUGAGCAAGUUAUUGUUUCAAGAGUGGUGAUGUUAACUUGACAUGGCUAUUGUAAUUCUACUGAUCUUCAUCUCAUUUUUUCUAACUUCCUAUCAGUCUUCAGACUUUGCAGAAAUGCAUCUUCUAUGUGUUGUCAGAAUGAGUUUGGUCUUCCAGCAUAAUCAGCUAGGCAUCUUCCACUACUGAAAGAACAUUCUUCUCUUCAGAGAUAAGAAUUCAACUGAAUUUAGGUCAGACUACAGUUGUAGUAUGUACACCUUCAGUCUUCAACGCAUGUGAAGAUGGAAGUACUGAGGAGCAUGGGGCACAGGGAUGCACUGUGGGUGGUAUGGGAUUCAGAGCAAUUUAACAGGAUUUUAGUGAUAUCUAAUUUGAGCUAACAUAUCCCGUUAAUACAAGCUGGUAUUCAUCUGGGGUAGGAACCUGAUGAUUUUGUCCAUCAGAGUGGAUAAUGAUGCCUAGUGGAAUAACUCUGGGAUCUCUCGUUUGCCGUUCACUCCAAGGGGAGAUAUAUGAUCUGCAAAAAUACCAUUCAUUUCUCCAUCUUUGGAAACCUUUCCAAUGGAUACUGUGGAGUUUUUCUGGCAUUACUGUCCCAGGGAACACAGAGCAGCUUUUAGCUUUUAUGAGUUAGAUUUUUCUAAAGGACUUUUCCUUACUAGCAUUACUCCCUCUUCUUUUGUCCAUAUAUUUGAAAUCAGGUGCCAAGAAAAGCUUUAUUAAAAAAUUUCAAUUAUAUGAACUCUUAGGGGAAAAAAUUGGAGCUACAAAAUGGUAAUUAUCAGAAGGAAAUUGAGAGUUGACAGCUGAUGGGUGUUAGAUGAAAAAUGUUUAGUAAGUCUGUUUAUUGUAGACUCAUAAUAAAAACAUUUUCACUGUGUUCAAUUUCCUUCGCUGAGAAUUUGUGAAGGAAAGAAGGAAAAAGAUGAAGAUGAGAAUAUUAUCUUCUUGGACCUUUUUUGCUUGAAAUUCAUUAGUUUUUCUGAACAGUGUAAGAGGCCUUUUCUCCUGCUGGAGUUCUUAAUUAGUAAUAUGGCUGUCACUUGGAGUAUCACUUUUUCAUAACACAUCAUAUGUGAGUGCUUAAUCAGGAUUCAGCUUUCAAAUCUGACAGUUUUUGGUGGUAGGGAAUUUGAUACAGUCAUAUUGAAUUAAUUCAUCACAAAGUACUAAUGGAUUCUAUUUCAGUAUUACCUCUGACUUUUAGGCAUGAACUAUGUUAUUCUGUAACUCACUGAACCUGAGGCACCAUGUCAAAAUACUUCAUCAUUGCCAAGAGUUGCUGUUUAUUUCAAAAAAUUACUACUUUGGGUAUCAUUCUGCUCUCUUAAAACCAGCAGGCAUGCAACCAAAAUGCUGUUAAGUUCUUCUGAUACGUGUCUUUUGCUUUUAGCUGAUAACUAUGCUUGUUGCAUAGGAUAGCAUCAAUGGGUCUUCAUGAUGUAACUUGACAGAGAUGUCUGGUAGUCCUGGGCAAUAUUUUACAAAUAAUUCCAGUUGGUGUGUUAAAUUUAUACCAAUAAUUCCUGUUGCAUAUUAUACCUUUGUGGCUGCUUCAGUUUGUGUCAAUGUGAGGAUUAUUUUUUGCUACCCUCUUCAGAGUGCCUUUUAGUUUAGGAGGUCUAGAAACAGCUCACUGAAAUCCUCUGUUGAAUUUACCAUAGUAUUGUAUGAUUUUAAACUUGUCCUGAUGAAUGUAUAACUAAAAUCCUGUUCUUUAAAAAGCUAUAGAUGACACAGGCUGUAUAUGCACAUGUACAUGCAUGGAUACAAGGGAAGUUGUUCUGCCAAUGUUCGUCCUGCUGGACAGGACCUUUUGAAAGUAAGUGAAUUUUUUAACAGUUUGUUUUCAAUAUGUUACCUCACUAGUAUUCAGUAGUGGGUAUGUCUCUGUACUGCUUCACUUUGCUAAAUACAAUCACAUUUGUGGUAGGCAGUUCAAUUUAAAAGGCUAUGCGUCGAUUCUGGUGUCCGUAUUGAGUGAAGUUCCUAAGUCUGGACUUACGGUUCUUCAUUUCCUUUCAAAGCAUUCCUUUCACUUACACUGAUAACCCAAUCCCUUGUUAUUAACAAACUAAAGAACUGCUCCCACGUGAAACAGAAGAAUGUAAAGUAGCAUUUGAAUGCACUCCAACUUAAAACUAACAUUUGGAAGCCGUGGGGGGAUUGUGCAUUUAAUGAAUUGUGAGAAGACAUAUUGUAGACUUCAUUCACUUGCACACAAGGGGUUUUACAAUGUCAUCUAGUAAUGUCUACCUAAUAAAGUUUUGAAAAAGAGAAAA